AAAAAAACAUUUUAAAAAGUGUUCUACUUUUAGCUAGUCGAUUAUAUUGAGUCAAAAGUUUAAAAAAGCAAUUUUUGUUUUAACUGGAACUCAUCAGCCAGUACUCAGUAUUUAGGUGAUGGUAGACUUGUGGGAGGUCAUGAAUCUAAACCAUAUAGUCAUCCUUACCUAGUGACGCUUCAGUUAAGGUUUUUUUGGAUCCGAGCUCAUAUUUGCGGUGGCAGUAUAUUGAGCGAAAAAUGGGUCUUAACAGCUGCUCACUGUAUCAAGGAAUCAUUUCUUGUUAGAUGGCUACCAAUGGACGCUGUGGCUGGAGCCCAUGAUGUCAAUAAUUUUGGACCAAAGGCCCAAAUAAAUGUUAUAGGAAAACGCUUCCCACAUCCUUUAUAUCCAGGUGGCAUCGGACCAUACGACAUUGCAGUACUGCAAACGAGGACUCCAUUCACGUUUACAAAUGAAGUUCAACCAAUAAACUUACCGUAUAAUAAUUAUACAAUCAGCAACGACCCCAUGACAUUAGCUGGAUGGGGAGUUUUGAGGACAACGUACUUCAUACCAGAUCUACCGAGUAGAUUACAGGAGGUUAAAGUUACUUAUGUACCUUAUGAAGAAUGCUAUGCAGCAAUUGAAAAAAUAAAAGAUAUUGACGAAAGUAAUCCUCUGGAUAAAGAUGCAAAUAUAUGUACUGGACCACUCUCAGGUGGGAUCGCAGCUUGUAGCGGUGACUCGGGCGGACCUCUCAUACAAUAUACUCCUAAAGAUGCAUUUAACCGCAUAAAACAAGAAACUGAUGAUUAUGAAGAUUAUGGAAAGGAAUAUAUUGAAAGUAAUUUUAAUAUACAAAAUAAAAUGGCUAAUAACAAUGAUACCGAAAAAAUACCAGUCGUUCUUGGUAUUGUAUCAUGGGGCAUGUCACCUUGUGGAGAUAAAGGAGCCCCAACUGUGUAUACCAAGGUUUCCGAAUAUAUUGACUUUAUAAAAGAGUAUACUCAAUCAUAA